UCUCUCUCUCUCUCUCUCUCUCUUCCCCCCGGGCGAGUGUCUGAACAAGUUAUCCAGGGGCCUGUGCGUGAGUGUUGUUGUGAAAUGCGUUAUUCCUCUUUUUAAGGGGGCGAAUGUUUCGGCUCUCGGGCUCCUAAGCCAGCCAUGGACAUUUCCCCAUCUCUUCGCCUUCUUCUUCGCUUGCGGCUCUCCCUCUCUUCCUCUCUCUUUGAGAUUGCCCCCCCCCCCUCCUUUCCACGAUGAACUUCUCCACCCCAGGAGCGUCAUCAGAGUCCCCGGCCGAAUGGUCUCAACCGCCACCUCCAGCCUACCAGGCGCCCCCCUAUGAGAUGGCGCCAUACCCCUCAAACAGUGGCGAGGUGUCCAAGGGCCCUCCCUCGGAUGCCGCUCAAGCCGCGCAUGGUUCCUACCAUCAGGCACAGCAUUCGCCUGGACCUGCGGCUGGCGGGCCUGAUUACUCCACCGGCGAUACCCCAUCCUUGCAAUCCCAUCUUCCCUAUGGCCAGCUUCAAUAUCCUCCGGCCGCCGGUUCUCCAGGCUACUCCUCGGGCUCGCCCGCCGUGGGCUAUCCCACCGGCUCGGGUGCGCCUGGGUAUCCUCCCGGUUCCGGGACGCCGGGGUACCCUCCUGGCCCAGGCGCACCGCCAUAUCCGCCGACCGGUGCCCCGGCCUAUCCAACCCUCACCACCGUGACCACGGUGCACACGACAAAUCCCGCCCUGCUGGGGGUUCACCAAUCGCCCGAUCAUAAUGGCAACCUCUGGGUGCCGGAGACGGUACCCUUUUCGGACUUCGCGGCCUACUUGCCCUACUAUGAACUGCCCAUCCCGAAGCCGCCCCUGAUCAACAAAAAGAGCAAAAACGCCUCUUUCAUCAUGCUCGGCUUUGGUCUCCUUGUCAGUGUCGGCCUCGUCAUUGCUGGCGUCAUGAGUGAUCCCAUCGGCUAUGAAACCAUUGGUGCUGGCGGGGGUUUCUUUGUCAUCUGCCUGGUCAUGAGUCUGCACACGCUCUAUCGGCGGAGGAAGAUCCAAAAGAUUUAUGAUGCCCGUGUGGACAUCGAAAAGCGCUCGGUGGAGUGCAUUCGUGCGGGGAAGAUGCCGCCUUUGCCCCGGGUGCCGGUGUGCAAGUUCUGCCGGAUGACUUGGCCCAAUCGGUGGACCCUUGUGUUGCUUUGUGAGCGGCCUCCGCAUAUUGCCGUCCCCCCGGUGCUUGCUUGCAUCGGGAACCUUGGCACACAGUAUCAGGACGUGGUUGAGAACCAGCUUCAGGCUCUCUAUAAGUGAUCUCCAUCCAUGAAGUACAUCGAGUGCAGCUCCUGCCCCAUCGUCCCUUGAGUGGAGGCUCUCUCUCUCCCUCUCUUCUCUCUUCUCCUUAUAAACACAUAUACACGCGCACACACGCACACACCCUCACCCUCUUCCUGUCCCACACAGCAAUACACUCCCCACGAUGGACACCUCCUCCUUGGGCCCUCUCCAUGUUGGGUAGCCCACGUGUCCCUUGACGCCCCUCCCCUUCCCCCUCCCCCUCCCCUCCAGCCCUUUGGUGCAUUUCCGAAUCUCCCUGGACGUCAUUCCAAGGUAUCUGUCGCCCCCCCCUCUCUCUUUCCCUCACGUUGUUCCUCUCUGGCUGUGCUGGCGUCCCGGAAGGGGAAGGUCCUCCAAUGAGGGGGGAAGCCGAAGGGCGAAAGCUGGUCUCCCCCUCGCCUCUGCCGACAGAGUCCUAUCGCGGACUCGGUCGUUUGACGAUGGGCAAAGCAAUAAGCUGGCAGCCUCGAGUGUUGGUACAACAUCAGAAGCAGGGCUAUCUUCGUGCCCCUCCCCCCCCCCUGGGUCCGGCGGGGAAGAAUCCAUGCGGUCAGAGAUGGCUUCGGGCCAGGUGCGAGCGGAGAGAUUUGUGGGGACAAAUCGAGAAGGAGUCCGUGUUUCCCGUCAAUUUGCCGGCCGAAAAAUAUGCGCCUGCCAAGAGCCUGGUGCCUGACCGCGGGCACGGGUUUUCCGCUUCCCCUGCUUUGCUCUUGUGCCUCGGUGAAGGCUGUCCCCGGCAACGGCCGUGCCAAGGUCUGGGCGGCGUCUCCUCGCUCACAAUGAAUGAAAGGAGCGCCAUCAGACAGCCAGAGCUCGGCGUGUGUUCCUGUCUCCCUGACUCUCCCUGUGUGUAUGUGUGUGUGUGUGUGU